AUGGCGGCCCCCUUCAGGCCUGGAAGAGAUCGGUGGAGACGGCGGGCUGGACCCCUGCCAGGCCAUGCAGGCCUCGCAGGCCUUGCCGGGGAACCGGCUAUCGUGGUAGCUCGUGGUGGUGAUCCUGAUAUUGCCCAUGAUGACAUCCGGCGUGAGACGGUCCAGACGGAAUGUCUGAACAUUGGCAGAGUGAUCAGAAUAUCGCAAGAGACCGCCUGCGGCUUGGGAAAACCAUUUACUAUUUACGGAGAAAGAGAUAAAUUUAGAUUUCUCAUCCCCUGCAAGCAAUCACCGGCAUAG